AUGACUACCACCAAAAUAACCCAAUGCCACCUCACACCCAUCAACCUCCACGAACAAAACCAAUACACUACACUCCACCACCAACGUAUCCUCUGCGGCUGGGACAGUUCCAUCUCCGAUCUCGACGGAUGGAAACAGAAACAAGUCGAAGGUCUGAAAGGAUUCUUUUGGAUUAUGAUUCCCACCGAAGAUAAAGAAACCCUGAUAAACGCCGGGCACAUCUCCCUGGACGCAUACACCGACCCCGCAGAUCCCGACCUCGCUCGAUCCGACAAAUCCCUCCUCACGAUUCAAAACUUCUUCAUCCUCCCCGAGUAUCAAUCGCGGGGUCUCGGACGACAAGUAAUGGAGGUAGUGGAGGGAAUGGCGCGGAGAGAACCCCACGGGGAUGCACACUGUCAGGCAAUUACAUUAACGUCGUUGAGUAAACGGUAUUGGUACGAGGAGAAACAUAUUCGGGAUAGAUUUGGGCCUGGGGGACCGCCGUAUUGUAAUCAGGAGUGGUAUGAGAGGUUGGGGCGACGUAUAUGA